AUGGACUGCAAUUAACAAUUUUUUCAGACCAGACUAAGCUUUACUCCAUCCUCUCCCUUAAAAACAAGACCUCUGCCAAGUCCUUCGUUAGAGAGUCUUGAAGAAUUCAAUUUAAAUGACGUAUAAUCGGAUUCAGAAAGCUCAAGAAAAUCAUCUGGUUAAAAGUUUGAUAAGCAGGUGUUAGUGAUCGAAUAUUUGAUCGAAAAACUAAGGGACUUUGAAUGAGAACCUCAACAUAAUUACUAAAGUUAAAUAAAAAACGAGAGAAAAAAAAUAGCUAAUAAUUGUAUUAAAAUCAUUUUUUUUCAAUCGUUUCUCAUCAUAUUACAAAUAAA